AUUGGUCAACGGUUUUUAUUCUUUUUAAAUCUAUUGGUUUUUUUUAUCAAAAUCAUUGAUAGGCUUAUUCUUGUAUUUUAUAAUUCAAUUUAGACAAUUUUCUUCAUUCUGUAUUUUUCUUGGUUGGAUCACGUCUAAAAUAAUUUUGAAAAGUUUUUAAUACAGAAGUAUUUUCGUUGGCAAAAUUUUUUAUAAUUUAUACAACUUACAGUCAUGUAGAAACGAAAGGAAUUUCGAAAUUUAUUUGGACAAUACAAAGUAUUAAUUAUUUGUUAUUGGAACAUUUCGUAGUUUUCAAAAUUUUAUUUCAAUAUGUCGGGGUCUGAAAAUAGGAAGUCUGGUAGACCAACAACACGCCAUGACUACGGUAAGGUCAACGAGAUAGGAUUCGGAGAUGAUGACACUGGAAAUCCUUCCGAAAAUUCGGACAACCAAGAUGGCGCUACCGGCAUUUCUACCGCCGUUUUCAGCCCAGUGAAAAAUAAGAAGGAUGAGACUUUGGCUCUUCUGCAAAGCCAGUUACAAUCGUUGGAUCAAGAAGAGGAGGAGUUGAGGAAGGAUGCAGAAAUUACAAAAUUGCAGAAAAGGAUUGAGCAGAAGAAAAAGUCAGUAGCAGAAUUACGAGUUUCUCGCAUAAACCAACUCAGGAACCCGAAAGUGAAGAGGUGUCUAAUUCUGUCUGACUCUAUGGCUAAGCAUGUAACUGACAUUCGUGAAACAGACAUACGGUCUUAUCCUGGGAUAACUAUUGGACAUUUAACUUCUAAGAUCAUGAAGGGUUCAAUAAAUUUAAAUUACGAAAAUAUUGUUAUUCAUGUAGGUACUAAUGAUGUCAAUAACUUUUCUUCGGGUGAAAUUUCCUCUCUGUAUUCUAACUUAAUCACUGCUGUCAAGACCUUCACAGAUAGUUCUGUCACAAUAUACUUGUCCUCUAUCUUGCCUAGACCAGUAGAUUUCUCAGAAACAGGACCGAAAGUCAAAGAGAUAAAUUUAUCUCUUGAAGCCAUUUGUAAGGAUAGGAAGAUUAAGUUUCUAAAAUCUUUUCGUCCCUUUCUCAAAGCCAAUCAGCCUCGUAGAGAGCUUUACGCCAUCAAAGAUGGCGGCUUACAUCUAAAUUUAGAGGGUACUAGAAGGCUAAAGCAAUAUUUUUAUAAACACAGUAGCACAUAUGUAAACACUAUAUGAAUGGAAGGUUGUAAUAUGGUCUUGUUAGAAUUGUUAUUCAGUUAUAAUUGUGUAUCUGUGUAUUCUGUAAGUUGUUCUAUUCUCAUCAUAGAAAAUAAUUUUUUUUUAUUACUGCUUAACUGAGUUUCAC